AAUGAGUGAAGAUUCAAACACCUAGAUAUCAGAAUAUCCGAAUCUCCAAAUAUCCAAAUAUCCAAACAUCAUUCAAGAAUCUAUCGCUUCAAACUCUACACAUCACAUCAAGCGCCAUAGUGUAAAGCUUCACGACCAUCUACACUACGGUCUACUCUUCCCCUCAUCAACUUUAGACCACGCUCUAGGUUAGGUCCUUUCGUAAAGAAGAAGUGCAUUUUUUAGUUCAAGAUUUAGUUGGGGUUCACAAGUUCAUCCUCCGUACAUUCACACCUUAAUACAUUUUACAUUUUACAUGUCACCAAGCUAAGCUUGAUUCCGGAAGGAAAAGCUACGGCGCAAACAUCCAUUUUAGAAGCACCCAGCCCAAAACCAAGUUUACUCCAAUCCAAAGGGAGAAGGGAGGAGAAAAUUAAGUGAAUAUCAACAUUAACACAAUUACCAUUGAAUUAAUAAGAAGAGGAAGAGAGAGGAAGACAUUGCAGAAAAGGGAAAACAGGGCCAGGAAGAGAAAAAUCAAAAAAAGAUCCACCCCUUCCUUCACUCCACAAUCAAGAGGAAACAGAAACAAGACGUAAAAGAAAAGUCUAUCAACAGCUUCUUUUGGAAAUUCAUCCACUAUCAACCACUCGCUAUCAUCUUACAAUCCACCAGGAAAUUGAAGACUCUUACGCCUCUUUUUUUUUCACACAACCCUUCAUACCAUUUCCACCCGGACGCUGCCACUCUUCCUUACCGUACUACACACCAAAAGCAUUACAGCUACAAGGGCCAGCGAGACAAGGCAGAGAAGGGAAGAGAGGAAACGGAGAAGAGGAACAAGAAGAAGGAGAAGAAGAAGAAGAAGAAGAAGAACAUUGUCCUGCUUUCCAUGUUUGAUCUUUUUGAUCUUUUGUCCUGUUCAUCAACAUCAUCAACAUCAGCAUCAGCAUUUAUUUAUUUACAUCCGCCCUCCCACUAGUACUACCGCUACUCCUCCUCUUUCAUCAUCAACCACUAAUUGGGAAAACUACUCCAUCUUUGAAGUUUUGUCUAAUUCGUUUAUUAUUUAUUUAUUUAAUAUUUUAUUAUUUAUUUCCACUUCUAUUUUACUCUUAGCCGUACUCCAUCCUCCAUACUUCCUUCACUCUUCACAUUUAUUUAUUAUUACUUCAUUCUACUUUUACACUUCAGACUUAACUCUACUCCACUCACCCACUUCAAUUACUACCUCGCUCCCUCGCUCCCUCGCUCCCUCGCUCCCUCACGACCUCACGACCUCACUACCUCCAAAAACAUUUCCACCCAUACCUUGACCUUGACCACCUUGACCACCUUGACCACCUUGACACACCUUACCUCAUCCAUUCAAUCUAUUUUUCUACGGCUACGGCUACUCUUACCAAAACCCAGGUCCCAUACACACUCGUUAAAAGCUAACCCGUUCGACCAAUAACCCUUUAAACUUUCCAUAAACCCACCUCCACCACACACUCACACACUCACACUCACACACACAUCACCGCCCAACCUCCUCCGUCGUUUCUAUUCUUCUCUCCCUCCGCGCCUUUUUUUUUUAUUUCUCCAAUCCACUCUCUUAUCCUCCCUUUCCCGACCUCCCCCAUUUCUUAAACCUCGACGAGGUGCAGGGAAAAGAAAAAGUAAAAAAAAACACAGAGGGAAAAUCCUAGAAAGUUCAAACAAAAGGUAUGUACCUCAUUGUUCAAUGCUCAAUGUCCAAUGCUUCCCGCGUCCUUCCAUCCACACUCCUCCAAUUAUACUACCAUCAUAUAGAUUUGCGCAUCGUUUCUUAUUGCAAUUGCUGCAGCGCUGACUGGUGUACCUGCAUUAGAGCUGGCAGAUAUCCUCAAUUUCUUUUUUUGACCGACUCAACAACCUAUCCACAAGUACACAUCACGCCUCUGUCAAACUAAACUCCACCGCACUUUUGCAUCUUCCCUAUCAGUGUCAACGAAUAUUUCACGAGCUUCACGACUUUUACGUUCGCAUCCCUCGAAUUGAAGCACGGAUCAGAUUCCUUCCAAAGAAGCGACAAGCACAAGCAUACAUACCUGCAGGUUCGCGUAACUGCCAACGAUCCUGUCGUGGAGCUUCAGUCGCACCUCAAUUGGAUUAACAAAGCUUCAAGUCCUUUUUGUAACGACUUCUACGAGCCAAACGUCUUCUUUUUCGAGUCAAUUUUUUUUUGAGGUUUUACAAGAUCGUUUUGCUUCUGCUUCUGCGUCUUUGGCAUAUGCAUCUUAUUUCACGAAAGAUAAACGAUCCAUUACAUUUGCGCUCGUUGUAAAAAGCAGUGAUUAUUUUGUUCCUUCACGUCGACGAUAGUCUCUGCCAUUAUACCCAAGCCUCAUUGUUCCUGCUUGGUUCUAGCGACCUUUAACUUGCUUUACAAAAUUUCCCAUCAUAUCCCUAAAGUCAUCUAUCAUCUACCCACACACACGAAUAGACCACAAGUUUUAACUCUUGUUGUCUGAAAGUAAAAAUCAUACCUUUCUUCCCGGAAGACCCUUUAUUGAGUCUGCCAGAUCAUUGUCCGUUUAGGACUUGAUCAUUCCAACCGAAAAACUGGAUCUUCCGUCGAUAUCGCAAGUGCAAACCCGGGGGCCAAACGAAAUACCAUAUUACAACCAUCACGCCGCGCAGCGACCACUGUAUGUGAAUGAAAGGUUGCCCGCUUUGCCUUUGCCACCGCCGCAACAGGCAUAUUCCUCUGGUACUUCGUCUCCCCGGGUUGGCUCACUUAGCUCCCUUGGAUCUUCUUCAAUCUUGAACGGAAGCUCUCAUUCAUCCUAUACCACAGCGAGUUCCUCGAACGGUCCCAAGACCCCUUCCCCUACUCCAGCUAGUAGUGGUUUACCUGUUUCUCUUCCCCAGGGAUCCUACAGCACUCCACCGUCGAACCCAGCAUACUCUUACAGCCAAGAGCCUUAUCAAAACACCAUGAACCACGGUCCCCAAGAUAUGUAUUAUCCUCCACACAUGUCGGCUGGACAACCUCCGCCACCUCAGACUGCUACAUCAGGUGCAUUGAGUCAAUAUCCUCAACAUCAGCCACCAUUACUUCAGCCUGGACCUGCACAUUAUUCACCAGCGCAACAGGCACCAUAUGGCCAAUAUUACGGCAAUGGACUUCAAUCUCCACAGUCAGCUCAAAUCCCGGGUUCAAUGGGUGGCCAAGGUAACGUUCUACCACUUCCAGCGAUGACCACUCAACCUGGUAUGCCAAGCCAAGGUUAUGGUGGACCACAACAAUUUGACCAAACUGGCCAAGUUGCUCCACCUGGAAUGAAGCCCAGAGUGACGGCAACUCUUUGGGAAGAUGAAGGUAGUUUGUGUUUCCAAGUAGAGGCAAAGGGCGUUUGUGUUGCUAGACGUGAAGGUAAGCGCAGCUCUUUCGAUUUGCUAAAUUAUGCUAACAAGUAAGACAACCACAUGAUUAAUGGCACAAAAUUAUUGAAUGUUGCGGGUAUGACUCGUGGAAGACGAGAUGGCAUUCUGAAAAGCGAGAAGAUGAGACAUGUUGUGAAGAUUGGUCCUAUGCAUCUCAAGGGUGUUUGGUAAGUAAUGCUCGUUUUUAUCCAUCCUUGUGCACAUCUGACCAAGUAUCAGGAUUCCUUUCGAGCGUGCAUUGGAUUUUGCAAACAAGGAAAAAAUCACGGAAUUAUUGUAUCCAUUAUUCGUUCACAACAUCGGUGCUCUUUUGUACCACCCAACGAAUCAGACGCGAACGAACGCAGUAAUGGCAGCCGCAGAGCGUCGAAAGAAUGAGCAAAACCAAAUGCGGAAUCCACAAGCACCUGGUUUGCCUUCAUUACACCAACAUCACCAUCACUCAAUGACUAACUCAAUUGGCGCUCCUCUUCCAGGUCCUCAACACUCCCUCGCACCUCAUCCAAAUGUUGGUCGACCUGCUCUCGAAAGAUCACACACGUUCCCUACGCCUCCCACGAGUGCGUCCAGUGUAAUGGGUAGCAUGGAUAAUUCUAAUGGCAACUUCCAAUGGCCAGGGCAAUCUAUGGGCAAUGUGCAAGGUACCAAUCCCCUGUCUAUUGACACUGGAUUAAGUAAUGCUCGCUCAAUGCCAACCACUCCAGCUACUACCCCUCCAGGAACGUCGGUCCAAUCGAUGCAACAGUAUCAACAAACUCAACAACCUUACGACUCAAGACAGAUGUAUUCUCAAGCACCUCCACCUCAAAACGCUUACGCACAAGCCCCACCCUCUCAGCAAAGCAUGCCUCAAUACUCGCAACAGCCAAAUUCAUACAUCAAGAAUGAAAUGGGACCACCAUUAUCGAGAGCACCAGAUGCUGAACCUCAACAUCAUGAACCAAAGGAUUCGAAUGGAAUGAUUCAUCACCAAGGAAACGGUCAAGUUGAAGAAGAACAUGAUCAGGAUCAUGAUGGUGGUGAAUACACUCAUGAUAGCCAGGGCAAUUACGAUUCAAGUCGUCGGCCAUACAAUUAUUCAAACGGUCCCGCUGUAGGAUCAAUAACAGGUGAACAUACUCAUUUGUCACCCGAGAUGACUGGCUCACCAAAUCAUCCAGCUUCCGGUCGAGCAACUCCAAGAACCGCAUCAGCGCCACAGUCAUACUAUGCUCAACAGCAAGGAGGCUACAGUACCCCUCCGAGAAUCCAACCACCUUCGAGUAAUUUGUACAAUGUAGUGAGCCAAGAACGUGGAACAGCUAAUGGAAGUACAGGUGGUGAUGUGUACGCGCCACAAUCAGAUCUUGGAUCUUCAAUGUCUAAUGGUUAUGCUGGCCAGCAAAACAUCAUGAACGGAGCCCCGACGAAUAACAAACGUGGCAGAGAUGAUGAUGAGGACGGUCGACCAUCAAGUAGAGGUCCAGGAAUGGCUGAUGCUGAUGGUUUGAAGAGACGGAAAACAAUUCGUGAGGGAUCCAUUUCUGGUCCAUCUUACAAUGCAGGGCUAAACCGAGCUCAAUCAACCAUUACACAACGACGCCGGUAACUCGGAUCGAUAUUUUGGACGCAUAUUUUACACUUUCUUCCAGUGAUCUGAUUUUUCUAAUCAUGAUCAACUGUCUUUUUCAUUCAUUCUUGGCUCGCGCCAUAAAAGCAUUGUCGGCAAUCAUAAGCACACUCUUUGAAAGAAAAUUUCCUUUUUAUUUUCACGAUUGUCUUUGUAUUCGCCGAACAUAGAUUUGGCAAAUUAUUCGAACCUGGAAUGACGACGAGUUUAUGACUGAAAUUUCUUAGAUGACCUUGAUGCGGAUCAUCGAAACGCCUAACGAAUUACGCUUUGCAAACAUGGGAAAGGAAAUAAUCUGUUGAGAAAUGAUCCCGAAGAUACACAUGCAAGCGGGAUAUUUUUAUUUUUUUGACUUGGGGGUUUUCUUUUACACUCGAGAACAAAAAACGAAACACGCCUAUUAAUGACACUCUAGGCGUCGACAUGAAACAUUUGGGAUCUUGGGCUUUUUUUUGUGUUUUUCAUUCAUGGGAAAGGCUUAAAUGAUUUGUUUUUGUUCAGAUGAAUGACCAAAAUAAUGAAUGGGCCACCUUUCUCUUCGAUUUUUACAACACCGAGAAACCUAUCUCAAUGUCUUUUUUUAUGAUGUCGGGAAGGAUGGAUAGAGAAGGAAAACUGGAUCACUGAACAGGAACCUAAGAGUUUUGUUUAAUGUUUUUAGUUCUUCAUCCUUUAACCGACUUCGGGUUUCUUUGCGUUUUGGUUGAGCUCUUAUUUAGAGCUUGAAUUAUUUACACACAAUUUUAUGAUGAUUUAUGACCUUUUCCUUUUUAUCUUGUUAUUUGUUGCAGUUGUUGGUUUCUUGGAUUUUUGUGGAGAUGAAGAUGGUAUGAAAUUCUAUCUAUGAUGGAUGAUUUUGAUAUAAAUGAAAGGGAUGGAUGGAAGGUGUCGAUGAAAGAGUUAUGAAGCUUGAAUGUUUUGUAACUCAUUUUAAAAUGCAAUCCAAUGGAAUAGGAAUUGAAUGUUGAAUGACUUUAUGAUGAAGAUGGUUGAAUGGUUAGGAUGAUGGUAUGGAUGGAUGGAUGAAAGGGUGAAUGGAUGGGUUGGGGGUAAUAUUGGAAUAUUUGACUGAU